AUGUCUUCACUUCCAAUGACAGAAGUCCAUCCAAACAUUUCCGUCUGCGGAGAGAAAGAAGCCCGAGAACUCCUUUUCUCCUCCUCCUCGACGAAAAACGAGAAUAACACGAAUAGGUUCUCGAGAAUUCUCGCGAUUGGCUUCCCAUCCGCGCCUUUCACGGACGAAGAGAUUGCUCUUUUGGCGACGACGUUCUCUUUUAUUGUCGUUCGAUUUGUACUCACACCGCCAUCUCUCUCUCUUUCUCACAUUUAUUAUAUUGUCACGAUCGUAAAGUCGAACGUCACCGUUUAUCCAAUAGUCUUAGAAGACGCAGUCGACGCUGAUUUGCUCUCGAUUCUCCACGAGACGACGAGUUUUUUCUCCUCGAAAAGAGAAGAAAAUGAAAAAAUUUUAGUCUUUUGCAACGCGGGCGUGUCGAGAUCGGUGGCGGUGGUGUUGGCACACAUCGUGUGGAAGAAGAUGAAAGAGAGAAACGACUUUGGUGGCGAUGACAUCGACGGCGCCGUCUUCGUCGAGCGGGCGUUGCGAGACGUGAGAGAAAAGUAUCCUCCGGCGUCGCCGAACGAAGGUUUCUUGGAACAGUUGGAGCUUUGGGUGAACAUGGGGUGUCGAUUAGUUGCGACGGAUGAGACGUACAAGUUAUUUAAACACUCGCAGUUGGAGAGGAUACGACGCGAGAGAGGGUGCGUGGAUCGAGGCGCGGUAGAGGAAGAUCCAGAGAAGGAGAUGAAAAACAACAACGGGGCGAUGACGGGUUCGAUCAGUCAGUAUUACAGUUGCCGAAAGUGUCGUCGGAUUUUAGCGACGAGUAAAAACGUUUUAGAGCACGAAUCUGGGACCGGGAUUGAUGCGUUUUCGUGGCGACAGAGAAGAAGAGGGAACGAUGGUGGUGCAACCAAGACUUCGUCGUCGUCGUGCUCGAGCAUUUUCGUCUCCCCGAUAACGUGGAUGAUGCUCGACCAAACCGAGGAGAACGAGCCGGUUAUUUUCCAAGAAAACUCAGGAAAGAUCCAUUGUCCAAAAUGUCGCUCGAAAAUUGGCGCUUUCGCGUGGUCCGGGGAACGGUGUAAUUGCGGGGCGUUUGUCGCGCCGUCUUUUCACAUACAGAAAGCAAAGCUCGACGCGUUUACGGUCCGCGGCGCGAACGGCAAAUAG